AUGGUAUGUCGUGAUCAGUAUUUUGUGUAAAGCUUGAACUGCUCUCAGUUACAAAGUUGUUGUAGAAUUUAGUGGUAUCCAGAUCAUUGAUUAUAGUGGAUUAUUGAUAAAAGAAACCUUCAGUAAAUGGAUAUUGAUUGUGGAAAAUGUUCACAUGAACAUUCCCCCAAAAUAAAAAAUAUAUAUAAAUUAUAGUUGACAAAUGAGGUCUUUUAGUCAAAACUUAUCUUUUUAAGAAGGCUUUUACUUUAUGAUCAUCCUAGGAACAUAUUUCCUACAUUUUCUUUUUAUUGGCUUUUAUUUGGUUUUAUUCAUAUUAUCUGUUUUUAUUCAUUUUAACAAUAUUGUAAAUUUUAACACGUGGCUCAAUUUUAUUUUAAAAUUUUUAUACAAUGCACUGUUAUUAGUUCAUUUUAUUAAUUUUUUUUUUAAGUAAUUGUUGUUGUAAAUUGCUAUUGGACAGCAAUGAAAAUGGUGCUAUAGAAGUAAAUGUUAUUAUUAUUAUUAUUAGAAUGUUAAAACUUGGGUGUUGUAUUUUAAAUGUCUCAUACAGUGAUGCAGCUUUAAUGCAUUGAUGACACCUUCUGAAACCUUCCAUACAUGUAUGUUUUUUUUGUCAUGUUCUAAAAUGUGUGACAUGACAAAAACGGCUCCUUGAAAGACUAGCUUACUAUAAAUAACGGGAAUAAUAUCCAAAAUGGCAGUAUUUCCAAAAUUUGCCCUUCAUCAGGGUCUUUUACUUUAGGUGUGGGGAAAGUGUUCAGAGGAUUGAGCGAGCAGCGCUGGGCAGUGUGUAUGUAUACCCCCUUGUAUAGCAAUUCCAAAUAAUCAAAAAUGAUGAUUUUUCCCUGUCUUGUUGUGCAAUGUCCUUUAGGUCUCAUCAUGUUUGGAGGGGAGUUAAAUUUGACAAGUUUUUUUCCAGAAGCUGGGGUUCAAGAACGUAUGAAAGAACAUGGGAAAGAUCCACUAUGGAAAAUCAAGUAUGAAGAACAUCUUAUGAAUUUAAGAAUUUCCUCUAUUAAGAGUCAAAGUGAUGUUAUAAUGUCAUUUGGUUGGUAAGACCAAGUAUGAAAAUAAUAUUUUUGACGUGAAGAGUUUGUAUUUUCAGGUAUACUUCUAA